AGGCGGGAUCAGUCUCGGGCGGCGGCGAGUGCGGCUGUGGCUGCUCUGUGCGAGUAGAGAAGGGUCUUACCCGGAGUAGGGUCCGAGCGUGGAACGUGGACGAGCUACAGGAUGUUCAGUUGGAUGGGGCGGCAAGCCGGCGCGCGCGAGCGCUCGGGCGGCACGGACGCCGUGCAGACGGUGACUGGAGGCCUGCGCUCACUCUACCUGCGCAAGGUGCUGCCCCUGGAGGAGGCAUACCGCUUCCACGAGUUCCACUCGCCUGCGCUGGAGGACGCAGACUUCGAGAACAAGCCCAUGAUCCUGCUGGUGGGCCAGUACAGCACUGGGAAGACCACCUUCAUCAGAUACCUAUUGGAGCAGGAUUUCCCAGGCAUGAGGAUUGGUCCAGAGCCCACCACUGAUUCCUUCAUUGCUGUGAUGUAUGGGGAGACCGAGGGCAGCACCCCUGGGAAUGCAUUAGUCGUGGAUCCCAAAAAGCCAUUUCGGAAACUUAGUCGCUUUGGAAAUGCCUUCCUGAAUCGGUUCAUGUGCUCCCAGCUGCCCAAUCAGGUCCUGAAGAGUAUCAGCAUCAUCGACAGCCCCGGCAUCCUAUCUGGGGAGAAACAGCGCAUCAGCCGAGGGUACGACUUCUGCCAGGUCCUACAGUGGUUUGCUGAGCGGGUUGAUAGGAUCAUUCUCCUCUUUGAUGCUCACAAACUGGACAUCUCAGAUGAGUUCUCAGAGGCCAUCAAGGCCUUCCGGGGCCAGGAUGACAAGAUCCGUGUGGUGCUUAACAAGGCUGACCAAGUGGACACACAGCAGCUGAUGCGGGUCUAUGGGGCCCUUAUGUGGUCCCUAGGCAAGGUCAUCAAUACACCCGAGGUGCUGCGCGUCUAUAUUGGCUCCUUCUGGGCACAGCCUCUGCAGAACACAGACAACCGUCGGCUCUUUGAGGCUGAGGCACAGGACCUCUUCAGAGACAUCCAGAGCCUUCCCCAGAAGGCAGCAGUGCGCAAACUCAACGACCUCAUCAAGCGAGCACGGCUGGCCAAGGUACAUGCCUACAUCAUCAGCUACCUGAAGAAGGAGAUGCCAAAUGUAUUUGGAAAGGAAAACAAGAAGCGAGAACUCAUCAGCAGGCUACCCGAAAUCUACAUUCAGCUGCAGCGGGAAUACCAGAUAUCUGCGGGGGACUUCCCUGAGGUCAAGGCAAUGCAGGAACAGCUUGAGAACUAUGACUUCACCAAAUUCCACUCACUGAAGCCCAAGCUGAUCGAGGCUGUGGAUAACAUGCUGAGCAACAAGAUCUCGUCCCUGAUGAGCCUCAUCAGCCAGGAGGAGAUGAGCAUGCCCACGCAGCUGGUGCAGGGUGGUGCCUUUGAUGGCACCACUGAGGGCCCCUUCAACCAGGGCUACGGGGAGGGGGCCAAGGAGGGGGCCGACGAGGAGGAGUGGGUGGUGGCCAAAGACAAGCCCAUCUAUGAUGAGCUCUUCUACACCCUGUCACCCAUCAAUGGCAAGAUAUCAGGCGUCAAUGCCAAGAAGGAGAUGGUGACCUCCAAGCUGCCCAACAGCGUCCUGGGCAAGAUCUGGAAGUUGGCUGACUGUGACUGCGACGGCAUGUUGGACGAAGAGGAGUUCGCGCUGGCCAAGCAUCUUAUCAAGAUCAAGCUCGACGGCUACGAGCUGCCCAACAGCCUGCCACCCCACCUCGUGCCCCCCUCUCACAGGAAGUCCCUGCCAAAGGCCGACUGAGGGCAGGUCGCAGAAUGGGGUGGGCAGUGUAGGGUGGGAAUCCCGGACCUGGGCCUGAGACCUGCUCUUCCACUGACUCUCUGCAUGACCUUGAGCAAGGCUGCCCUCUCCAUGCCUCAGUUUCCCCAUCUGUAGGAAGGAGAGGGCAGAUACUCGACACUGGAUGAGGUCCUUCACCUCUAAAGUUCCCUGAGUUUCUAUUAAAAUAUUGGGGGGAUGGAUAAUGAGAUUGAAAGUUUGAGAGGGGAAAUUAUCCCAAGUAUUCAGAAGCCUGGAGAAAUGUGGAGAGGGCUUGGUGGGCUCCCAGGAGCCCGGGAAAGUGAGCUGGGGCGUUGCCUGGAGCCGCUGUGUCUCAGGAGCUGCACUGGGCUGUUCAGAGGCAGCAGCACCUAUCUGUCCUUCAGAGAGCACCAGGAGGCAGCAAAGAUGAUCUCGUUUAUUUUAUUGUGUUUCCUGUUAUAUUUAGAAUGGAGAAAAAAUAGAGCAGAGAAUUUCUGCUUUCUCCAGAUAUCUACCAAAGAGAAGACUGAUGCCCAAACUUGAAGGAGGACGCUCCAUGUCUUUGUGAGCCCCCCAUCUCCUGCAGGCCCCAGCAGAGCAGGCAGCCAGGCCAGCAGGGCACAUGUCCCAGCAUCCACUGACCACCCCUGCCAGGCCUUCUUCCGGGUGCUCCCAAAAAAGCUGUUUGGUUAGGAAUUUGGAGCUCACAACCUCUAUUAACCCCUGGCAAGGCCUCUGAUUUGCAUUUCAGGUCAUGUUGAUGUCUGCAGAUUAGUUUUUCUCACCAGUUUGCCUAAUAGGUUGUAACAAAGUCUGUUCAUCAGACUUAAUCUACAGUAAGGAAAAGAGCUGACUCCCCUUUUUUUUGUUUAGUGUGAGCCUCAUCCAUUGAAUAUUCCUAAAGGUCUUAGGGGAGAAGAGAUCUAUCUAUUGGGGUUGGACACUAUUUUUGUAGAAAAAUAGGCAUUUUUAUUGUGCCCACCUAUGUUUUUCUUACAGGAUAAAAAGUCUUUAUACAGAAAUCUUUCAUAUAAAACCUUUUCUCAAAGGCCAUGUGGUUGCAUUGUGAACGCCUGUCUUGAGGCAGAAUUGGGCCACUUACCUUCCCAUUGGCUCUCGGGUCUUCCCAAGUCCUUGGGUGACCAUCUCCAGCCCCUCACUCAGAUGCAUGGGUCAGAUGGAGGUGGUCAGUUCCCACUGCCACCCUGCCUACUCUGUUGGCCACAGCAUGAGGAGACAGGUGACUUUCACCAUUAUUUAUGUUAAUAAGAAUCACAAAAUAGUCAUGGCCACAUGGCAUGGGCCCUGCCAACAACAGAAAUGAAUGAAGUCGAAGAAGUCCCAAUGAGCCUUCCAAAAACUUCAUUUUUUUUUUUUUUUUUU